AUGAUCAAUAGCCAAACCGCCGAGUAUAACUUUAAUAAACAGAAGUUAGCACCAAAUAUGAACUUCACAGGAACUGACUACUUAACUCAACAAGGGCAAACUGGUACUGAGGAUGAUUUGAGGCUAGAGGAUUACAACUUCAAUGACUAUAACUUCCCAGCCAGUGACAAUAGCAGUAACCUUUAUACUGUCGAUGCUAGCAACCUGAAAAAUGAAAACUUCUUGAUGCCUGCUAGCGCUGGAUCUCACUCAGAAUACUCAUCCACUUACGGCACCCCAAACUCUAUCGAUACCUCUUUGAACCCCUCAACGGAAAUGUUUAUGAGUAAUGGUGCUAAUCAAGAUUUCCAACAACAACAAAGUAGACACAACAUUGAACCAAUAGGAAAAGGAUCGACUACACAGUUGCAACCACAAUCAUUUCAACAAAAAACCAAUAAUUUUUUCAAAACAAUGCAAAAUAAUCCGUAUUUCACUCCGGCAUUAAAUAACAGAAGCUUCCAUGAAAGAAAUAGAAGUGAUGUUUCAGAAUUUGCCAGCCCAACAAUGAAUCUGCACAGUUCUUUUUACGAAAAUGGACUCUCAUCACCAAUUCAUAAUCUGCAUCAAAAUGUGAACGGUUUUGGUAUCGAAGAUACUCAUUUUGAUGAUAUUUCUAAUAAUAACUUUUUAGCCCAAAUUCCAGAGGCUCAAGAAAGUUUCGUUUCCAACCACGCAGAUAUUAAUAAAUUUAUUGAUAUGUGCGACUUUGUGGACCUAAAUGGGAAAAAACCUGCGAAGAAUGAAUAUUUGAAAAACAGGGAUUUUAGCAAAGUUGAUUUGAGCUCCCUUGGCAUUGGUCUCAGACCAGACUCAAGUGAAAAAGACCUCCCUAAAGAUGCUGCUGAUACGAAUUUGAAUAAACAAGAAUUGGCUGUCCAAGGCGCAGGAGAUAUAAGUUUUAGCAUUAAUGAAAGCUUUAUUAAUGAGCUACUUGCUCCAGGGGAUUCGGACAUUGCCAAAGAUUUAUUAAAAGAAAUUGAAACACCUUUUCUCGUUCCUCACAACGAUGAAAGGGAUUUGUUAUUGCCGGCAUUUGAUGAUAAGAAUAGUAAAACAGAUGAUUUUCUCAAUCCCAACAGCUUGAAUAACCUUAGGCAAUCUGCUAUGAAAAAUCACUCUCAAAUGAGAAAAUCUCACGCCAAACAACAGCCCUCAAUCAUCAGCCAUCAAGAUGGGUUAGAUGAAGGUGAUACUACAAUCAUAAACAGUACAUCAAUAAUGGAAAUGAAUGAAAGCAGAAACGAGGAAGUUCCUAACACGGACAAUUUGAUAGACGAAUUGGCUAACAAUAACGAGCUUAAUUGUUUGAAUUCCUCUUCAAGGCGUAAUAGUAAUGCUAAAGACCUCUUUACUCCAGGCCACUCAAGAAACAAUUCGAACGCAACAUUCGAGAUGCCAAAGUUGAAAUCAUUUAAUCAAAAGUCUCCAAAGUUAGGAUCGCCCAGCAGAGUUGGUAAAUUUCCUACUUCAACUUCUUUCAGAUCUAUCCCAACAUUGAACGAAAAAUUAGCGUAUAUUGACGAUUCAUCUUCAACUUCAAUUAUUGCCAAUGAUUCGAUACUAGAUUCGCCAACCAGAGGGAAUUAUAAUAAUAAUUUCAUCCAGGGAUCAUUACCAAGCUCACCAACCAGAGAUUUCUAUUUGGCUAGGGCAAAUGAAGCUGACAACUCGUUUGUUGUCAAAACUCAAGCACUAACGGCUUCUCCAAUGUAUUAUGCCGGCGGGGGCCAUUUCAAUGGAUCUUGCAUCGCUCAAACCCCUCCAGCUUCCCCAAGCAAAGCAAUGUCAGGUUUAAGUUUGUCAUCGCCUACCAGAUCUAUUUCAUCAUCUCCUACGAAAAAUUCUAAGGGCUCCUUUGUUCUUAAGCCAACACCUAAUGGAAGAAAAAGAAUUGCCACUGCUCCACGAUCGAAAACUGGCUGUUGGACUUGUCGUAUUAGACACAAGAAAUGUGAUGAAGGAAGACCGGUUUGUAACAACUGUGCUAAAAUCAAUUUGAAAUGUGACCAGUAUUACGAUCCAAAGCCUUCAUAUAUGACAAAUGAGGAGGAAAAGAAGGUUAAACUAGCAGAAAUCGCCCAUAUUUGGAAAAAUAGGAGUAAAAAAAGUACAGGCAGUAAGUCGUCAUCGCCUCAAAAACUAAGUGAUAGUAACAAGACAAAUUCCGAAUCUCCGGAUUUAGCUAAAAAACCAAUCAAUGAAUACGUCGAAUAUGGGGACAAAGAGAAUUUUGGUGCAUUGGCUUAA